AUGUCUCUUCUAUCCCCAGACAUACACGCAGAGCUCACGCAGCUUUUGCAAGCACUUCAGGCCUCCGACAAUGGCAUCCGAUCUCAAGCUGAGGAGCAUCUCCAAAACAGUUGGACAAACUCGCGUCCAGAAGUCCUUUUAAUGGGACUUGCAGAGCAGAUACAAGCUGGUGGAGAUAAUGCGAUUCGAUCGUUCGCUGCCGUCAUAUUCAGACGGAUUUCUUCAAAAACUCGGAAAACCGACACUGGGAAUAAUGUCGAUAUGUUUUAUUCGCUAGUCAAGGAUCAAGCCAUCGUCAUUCGCCAGAAACUACUCGAGACCCUAGGCUCUGAGACCGAUCGAGCAGUUCGAAACAAAAUUAGCGACGCCGUCGCUGAGGUCGCGCGGCAAUAUACAGACAAUAAUGAUUCUUGGCCAGAACUUCUGGGAGCGCUCUUUCAGUUAAGCCAGGCAAUAGAAGCUGAAAAGCGCGAGACCGCAUACAGAGUUUUUGCUACGACUCCUGGAAUCAUCGAAAAGCAACACGAGGAAGCCGUUCUGCAGGCCUUCCAAAGAGGAUUCAAAGAUGACGCAGUCCAGGUCCGAUUGGCCGCUAUGGACGCUUUUGCAUCCUUCUUCAGGACGAUUAGCAAGAAAGGCCAAUCCAAGUACUAUGCUCUCAUUCCCGAUGUGCUCAAUAUCCUCCCUCCUAUCAAAGACAGCCAAGACUCGGAUGACUUGAGCAAAGCUCUCGUGGCCCUUAUUGACCUGGCGGAGACGGCACCGAAAAUGUUCAAACCUCUCUUUCACAACUUGGUCCAGUUCAGCAUCUCGGUAGUCCAAGAUAAAGAACUGGAUACUAUUUGCCGACAAAACGCAUUGGAAUUAAUGGCUACCUUCGCUGAUUAUGCUCCAUCGAUGUGCCGAAAGGAUGCGUCUUACACAACCGAUAUGAUCACUCAGUGUCUGAGUUUGAUGACUGAUCUUGGCGAAGAUGAUGACGAUGCUACUGAAUGGCUGACGUCUGAUGAUCUUGAGGCAGACGAGAGCGAUCAGAACCAUGUUGCUGGAGAGCAAACUAUGGAUCGCCUCGCUAAUAAGCUGGGGGGCCAGACAAUCCUUGCUCCCACCUUCAACUGGCUUCCGCGAAUGAUGACGUCCAUGGCUUGGAGAGAUCGACAUGCUGCACUCAUGGCGAUUUCUGCCAUUUCGGAGGGCUGCCGGGAUCUCAUGAUCGGAGAGCUUAGCCAAGUUCUUGACUUGGUAAUCCCAGCUCUCCAAGAUCCACAUCCUCGUGUGCGAUGGGCUGGCUGCAACGCUUUAGGGCAAAUGAGUACUGAUUUUGCGCCUAAAAUGCAAACCGAUUUCUAUGACCGGAUUUUAAAAGCCAUUAUUCCUGUUCUUAACUCGCCAGAGGCUCGUGUAAAAUCUCAUGCAGCUGCAGCCCUGGUAAACUUUUGUGAGGAAGCGGAAAAGAGUAUACUGGAACCCUACCUGGAUGAGCUCUUAUCGCACUUGUUUCAAUUGCUCCAAAGCGACAAACGAUUUGUUCAGGAGCAGGCAUUAUCCACAAUCGCAACUAUAGCCGACGCGGCCGAAGCGGCAUUUGCAAAAUACUACGAUACCCUGAUGCCUCUUCUCGUCAAUGUUCUUCAGACUCAGAGUGAGAAGGAGUAUAGGCUACUACGGGCCAAGGCAAUGGAAUGUGCAACUCUUAUUGCCCUUGCUGUUGGAAAAGAGCGGCUAGGCCAGGAUGCCAUGACUCUUGUGAAUCUCCUAGCUCACAUCCAGACAAAUAUCACGGACGCAGAUGAUCCUCAGGCUCAAUAUCUUAUGCAUUGCUGGGGUCGUAUGUGCCGUGUUCUUGGUACUGAUUUCAUUCCUUUCCUUGAGAAUGUUAUGCCACCACUUCUUGAGCUUGCCAUGGCUAAGCCGGAUAUCCAGCUGUUGGACGAUGAUGAGCAAGCAGAGCAAAUGCAAGGCGAAGAGGGCUGGGAGUUUGUACCACUCAAGGGGAAAAUGAUUGGCAUUCGCACUAGUACCAUGGACGAUAAGAACAUGGCUAUUGAGCUUUUGGUUGUCUAUGCCCAGGUACUCGAAGGUGCCUUUGCACCAUUUGUUGCAAAUAUCAUGGAGAAGAUCGCCCUGCCCGGCCUUUCGUUCUUCUUUCACGACCCUGUCCGUUAUAUCUCGGCCAAGCUCGUUCCGCAACUGCUCAGCUCAUAUAAAAAGGCCUACGGUUGCCCUUCAAACGAGCUGACUGGCCUGUGGAAUGCGACCGUGGAUAAGCUAUUGGAGGUACUCACGGCUGAACCAGGAAUUGAUACGCUUGCGGAAAUGUAUCAGUGUUUCUACGAGUCUGUGCAAGUCUUAGGCAAAGAGUGCCUUACGACAGACCACAUGAACCGAUUUAUCGACUCCUCGCUCUCUGCACUAGAGGACUAUAAAGACCGGGUGGCAGAGCGUGCUGAUGCUAAGGAGGGAGCCACUGCUGAUGACGUGGAGGACGAAGCAGAGGAGACCCUAAUAGCGAUCGAAGAUGACCAAACGCUUCUCUCUGAUAUGAACAAGGCGUUUCACUCUAUCUUCAAGAACCACGGCGUUUCAUUUCUGCCCGCCUGGGAGCGCCUCAUGUCUACUUACGAAGGAUUCCUGUCGUCACCUGAUCCAACGCAGCGACAAUGGGGUCUCUGCAUCAUGGACGAUGUUUUGGAGUACUGUGGCCCGCAAAGUAUUCGGUAUGCGACGUAUAUUCAGCAGCCCCUUAUUGAUGGCUGCCAGGAUGCCUCUGCAGCGAUCCGUCAAGCAGCUGCGUACGGUAUUGGAGUUGCAGCGCAUAGAGGUGGUGCUGCGUGGUCCCCCUUCCUGGGCGGAUCGGUGCCGUUCCUGUUCCAAGUAACCCAAGUUCCCGACGCUCGGAACGAAGACAAUGUUUAUGCCACAGAAAAUGCCUCAGCUGCCAUUGCCAAGAUUCUCCAUUACAACUCCGGCAACGUUGAUGAUGUCAACACAAUAAUCACGCGGUGGAUCGACACAUUACCAGUAACUAACGAUGAAGAAGCGGCACCAUAUGCUUAUGCAUAUCUAGCAGAGCUGAUUGAUCGUCAAUACCCAUCCGUAAUGAACCAGGCUGGCAAGGUUUUUGUAUUCAUUGCACAGGCUCUGGAAGCCGAAACACUUCAGGGGCAAACGGCUAGCCGUGUAGCAGCCGCGACAAAAAUUCUUCUAACUGCUGCAAAUGUAGACCCAAUGCCACUGCUUCAGCAAUUCUCUCCAGAGUCACAGCGAACUAUCAUGGGAUAUUUCAGCUAG